GAGAGGAGGAGCAGGCGGGGGGAGCGCGAGCCAGCAGCGGAGAGAGAAGACCCGGUAGAGCGCGAGGAGGGAGUGAGGGAGAGAGAGAGACCGUCCGGGUCCGGGCGCCUGAGGGACGGACGACACGGAGAGGGGGGAGGAUCGUGAGAGAGUGGCUGUCUGACUGACACACGCACUGAAGCUGCAGCUGGUGCUUAUGAAGGCCUUUCCCAUGUGUUGAUUUGGUUCACAUUUACUUUCUAAUCUUGGUUUACUGAGCCGGUCCUGGUCAUGCCAUCCAACAGUCCUGCUGUCACCGAAACGCCCCAGACGCUGGAGAAUGAUGCCUCCAAUGAUGUGAGUGAAGAUGGAGCAGACCACGACAGUCCAGAGGAAGGGACGCCAGCAAGCCCCCGCAACAAGCGGAGAGUGGGCCGUCCUGGCAGAAAACGAACUCAGGUGCUUCCUGAGAUGGCGACCUCUGGCUCCUGUGCAAACGCCCUCCCGACCCUGCCCAAGGAACUCCAGCCUUCUCCCUCCCCUCGAAAGAAACGUGGGCGUCGGAAACUAGAACACACCGAUCGGAGUAAAGAAGAGGUAGAUGACAGAAGCUGUGACUCCCCCAGAGAGGGGGAGACUGGGAGGUUGCGGAGGAGGCCCAUUCCCAGAGUAACUUUCCAGGCUGGAGAUCCGUACUACAUCAGCAGGAGACAGAGAGAAGAAUGGCUUAGCCGCUGGAAGAUAGAGGCAGAGAAACGGGCUUAUCGGGAAGCAGAGAUCAACAUGAUGGACGACCUGUCUGAGGCCGAUUUUCAAAAGGAGGAGGAGCCACCCAGCCCAGCCCCUCCGCCUUCACAACAACACACAGAUCCUGCUUCCCCAACAGUCGCUGUAACACCGGAGCCUGUUGCUAGGGGAGACCAGCCCACACCCAGUGAGAUAGAAUACCAGGAUGGAAGAGGCUUUGGCAUUGGUAUGCUGGUGUUCGGAAAACUGCGCGGCUUCUCCUGGUGGCCUGGCCGGAUUGUAUCCUGGUGGAUGAGCGGCCGGAGCCGAGCUGCUGAUGGAACUCGCUGGGUCAUGUGGUUCGGGGACGGCAAGUUCUCUGUGGUGUGUGUAGAGAAACUGAUGCCUCUGAGCUCUUUCUCGUCUGCUUUCCACCAGCCCACUUACAACAAACAACCAAUGUAUCGGAAAGCCAUCUUUGAGGCUCUGCAGGUGGCAAGUGUGCGUGCGGGCAGGCCCGUUCCUUCCUGUGACGUGGGCGACGAGUCUGAUGGGGUGGAGCUUCAGACCCGACAGAUGAUAGAGUGGGCAAUGACUGGCUUCCUUCCGAGCGGCCCCCAAGCGCUGGGCCCUCCAGAGGAGGAACAAAACCCGUAUAAGGAAGUAUAUCCAGAGAUGUGGGUGGAGCCCGAGGCUGCAUACACACCUCCCCCUGCAAAGAAACCUCGCAAAAACUCAGCUGAUAAAGCAAAGAUUAGAGAGGUGAUUGAUGAAGGCACCAGAGAGAGACUCAUACAGGAAAUCAAAAAGAAGACGAGGAAUAUAGAAGAUAUCUGCAUCUCCUGUGGAAGCCAAAACGUCUCUUUGGAGCAUCCUCUCUUUGUGGGAGCAAUGUGUCAGGGCUGCAAAAACUCAUUUCUGGAGUGUGCCUACCAGUACGAUGACGACGGCUACCAGUCCUACUGCACCAUCUGCUGUGGAGGCAGAGAAGUGCUCAUGUGUGGCAACAACAACUGCUGUAGGUGUUUUUGUGUGGAGUGUGUGGAUCUGUUGGUAGGUGCGGGCUCGGCUGCAGCAGCCAUCAAAGAAGACCCCUGGAACUGCUACAUGUGUGGACCCCGGAACACCUACGGGUUACUGCGGCGGCGGGACGACUGGCCCUGCCGACUACAACACUUUUUUGCUAACAACCACGAACAAGAGUUUGAGCCGGCUAAGUUGUAUCCUCCAGUCGCAGCUGAGAAGAGGCAACCAAUUAGAGUGCUGUCUCUAUUUGACGGCAUUGCUACAGGUUUGUUAGUGUUAAAGGAUUUGGGCAUCCAGGUCGAUAAGUAUGUGGCGUCGGAAGUGUGUGAAGACUCCAUCACUGUUGGCAUGGUUCGACAUCAGGGGCGCAUCAUGUACGUGGGUGACGUGCGCAAUGUAACGCGCAAACACAUCGACGAGUGGGGGCCCUUUGACCUGGUUAUAGGAGGAAGCCCCUGCAACGACCUCUCCAUAGUCAACCCAGCACGAAAAGGUCUUUAUGAGGGAACCGGACGGUUGUUUUUUGAGUUUUACCGUCUACUUCACGAGGCUCGGCCGAAGCCGGGGGAUGAGCGACCGUUCUUCUGGCUGUUUGAGAAUGUGGUCGCCAUGGGAGUGAGUGACAAACGGGACAUCUCCCGCUUCUUAGAGUGUAACCCAGUGAUGAUCGAUGCCAAGGAGGUUUCUGCAGCCCACCGAGCUCGAUAUUUCUGGGGGAACCUGCCUGGAAUGUCCAGACCUCUGACACCGAUGGCCAACGACAGACUGGACCUUCAAGAGUGCCUGGAACACGGUCGCACAGCCAAGUUUGAGAAGUUGCGUACGAUAACGACACGCUCCAACUCUGUGAAGCAGGGGAAAGACGAACAUUUCCCCGUCUACAUGGACAACAAGGAGGACAUCCUCUGGUGUACAGAGAUGGAAAGGGUGUUUGGUUUCCCCGUCCACUACACUGAUGUGUCCAACAUGAGUCGCCUGGCCAGACAAAGGCUUCUUGGACGUUCCUGGAGCGUCCCCGUCAUCAAACACCUCUUUGCCCCUCUCAAGGAGUACUUCGCCUGCAAUUAGUUACACAAAUCUCUCACACAUACACACACUCAUGUCAGGAGAGACACACUCUCAUAGCUACACACAGUACAC